AUGUUUGAUUCCCUUUUUUUGGGGUGUGCAGAAGAAACCGACGUACCAGAUCCAGGCGGAGGAGACGAAAGUGAAAACAGCAGCGUUUCCGAGGGUAAUAAAGAAAACGCCAUCGCUCCAUCGAAAGUGUUACUCAGUAGAAGGCAAAAGAAAAAUAAAAUCCGUAAAGAAGAUAAUAAUUCUCCGGUAUUGAAAAAAAUGACGAGGAAGACGUCGAAAAGAUCGUCGGAGAGUUUUCAUUCGAAAAAAUGGAGUUCCUCAACCACUCUACGACACAUAAAUAAAUUAAACGUGGAUGAAAGUGAAAUUUAUUCCUUGUUGAGAAAUUAUUUAUUAACUCCCGAGCAAGCGAUGGUUUUGGGGUAUCCCAUCGAAAGCUCUCUUUAUCCGGGUCGUGCAAUUAUUUAUAAAAGUUGUGGUUCGCCUAAAAGUGACGUAGUCGAUCAAAUUGAAUUACCUCGUCAAACUCAUUUAUUCGACGUGAACGCAAGAGAAUUUGUACCGUCCUGUGACAACAUAUCAUCGUUUUACAAUAUGAUGAAUCAUUCUCCGGAACAAAAUAAUACGAUGAUGGGUGGUGAUUUUUUAGAAAGUAGUGAAAGUGAUAAAUCCGAAGAAGACAGAUCGGUCGAUUCGGAUUUGGCAGACGAUAAAAACAGUGAUAAAGAUGUCGAGACUCAGCAAGUGGUAAUAACGGAAAUAUUAAAAAGGUAUCAAACGGGAAGUGAUGAGAAAAAAUGUGCACGUUGCGACCGGGGAUUUUUCGUAUUGAAAGACGGAGAGUAUUUAACGCGAGAAAAAUGUAUUUAUCAUUGGGGAAAACUUCAAAAAGUGUACGGUACGAGUUCGAACGGUGUCGUUUUCGUCAAAAGUGAAUUUAGUUGUUGUAAGGGUAAAAAAAAUUCAAAAGGGUGUUCGACGGCGAAAUUGCACGUUUGGAAAGGCGUGUCAGCCGGAGUGAAUAAACCUCUCGAAAAAACGAAAUCUUGUUAA